GAAGAAAUCCAGCCAAACAGAUGCGACGUUACUUCACCCAACGCGCAUGCGUACUGCUCUGGCUAAUUCAUGUGCUGCACGCCGUGCCCGGUGGAGGUCACAGACGCCUGAGCAAAACCCAGUAAAUUUGGAUUGUCCACAAUGGCCAAGCUGUUUGAGUCUAUUGGGAAGCUGGGACUGGCCCUCGCCAUAGGUGGAAGUGUUGUGAACUCUGCCCUUUUCAAUGUUGAUGCAGGCCACCAGGCGGUGAUAUUCGACAGGUUCCGGGGCGUGCAGGAAGCAGUGGUCGGCGAGGGCACUCACUUCAUCAUCCCUUGGGUGCAGAAGCCCAUAAUGUUCGACUGUCGCUCCCGUCCCCGAAACGUGCCCGUCAUCACAGGGAAGCAAAGAUCGUUCCCUCCCACAGAUCUCCAGAAUGUCAACAUCACGUUGCGUAUCCUCUUCCGGCCAGUGAGCACGCAGCUCCCACGCAUCUUCACCAGCAUUGGCGAGGACUACGACGAAAGAGUGCUACCGUCAAUCACCACAGAGGUGCUGAAGGCCGUAGUGGCUCGGUUUGACGCCUGCGAGCUCAUCACGCAGAGAGAGCUUGUCUCUCGCCAGGUCAGUGAGGACCUCACAGAAAGAGCCUCCACCUUCGGCCUCAUCUUGGAUGACGUUUCACUGACACACUUGACGUUUGGCAAGGAGUUCACAGAGGCUGUGGAGAUGAAGCAGGUGGCCCAGCAGGAGGCCGAGAGGGCAAGAUUCGUCGUGGAGAAGGCGGAACAACUGAAGCAGGCUGCCAUCAUCUCGGCCGAGGGCGACUCCCAGGCCGCCCUGCUCAUCGCCAACUCACUCAUGGAGGCCGGCGACGGCCUGGUGGAGCUGCGCAAGCUGGAGGCGGCCGAGGACAUCGCCCUCCAGCUGUCUCGCGCGCGGAACGUCACGUACCUGCCAUCAGGGCAGGGCACGUUGCUCCAGCUGCCCCAGUGAUGGUUGAUGUCCUUAUCCAUGUAAAAUAUAUUCAGUCGACCGUGUGAGAGAAUUAAGACUCGACAUUACAGCUACUCAUGUCUUUAGUGUCUGGAUGUGAAGAACAUAAAAAGCAACAUAUUCCUCAAUCAAUAAACUGACUUUCUAGCG